AUGAGAUCCAUCAGGUCCACCGUGUCCCGAGAAGGCAUAUCGCCUGUGCGCUCUCCUGACCUAGCAUCAUCACAAGAGAAAAACCCCCAGGAUACUUCGAUUUUGCCCACCUUUGCCAAGCAUCACCCGAGUCGCUAUGUGUUGGGUCUUUUCCGGGUGGAUAGUGCAGGAGAGAGUGGACGAACUGGCAUCCACCCGGUCCAUUUCUUCAGGGUGUGCUUCAGGAGUAUCUGUACGGCGUCAAUGAUUGUCAAUAUCCUCUGGCCAUUCGUUCCUGCAGCGAUUGUCAUGCAUUUUGCACGCCCCGAUCUUCAUGUCUGGGUCUUCAGUCUCAAUUAUAUUGCCAUGGUGCCCUCCGCGAAUGUGCUCGGAUUUGCCGGCGGAGAGUUGGCGAAGAAACUGCCAAAAGUCCUGGGGGUCUUGCUAGAGACAACAUUGAGUGCCGUGGUCGAAAUCGUCCUGUUUAUGGUCUUGCUCCACAAUGAUCAUAAUGGACACUUGAUUCCUGUUAUACAAGCCGCGAUUCUGGGGUCCAUCUUGGCCAACUUGCUCCUGUGCUUGGGAACAUGCUUCUUCGUUGGUGGUCUGAAGCGAAGCGAGCAGGUGUUCCACGAGGCCGUGAGUGAAGUGGGCACUGGCCUUUUGCUGGUGGCAGGUUUCGGUCUACUGAUCCCCAGUGCCUUCUAUUCCGCUUUGAAAGGAUCUGUAAACGAGGAGUUUACGUUGGAGAUGCUGGGUGAUUAUGCCCUGACGAUCAGUCGUGCCACCGCCGUCAUUCUUCUUAUCGCAUUCAUAGUGUAUCUUGUUUUUAACCUGCAUAGCCACAAUUCGAUUUUCGACGAGAUUCUGGCGAAAGACGAGGCACAAGAUGAGGACCGCGACCAAGAGCGCCAGAGAGCUAAGCUUACCUUUUUGGAAUGCUUGGUGGCCAUCGCGAUUUCUCUGACAUUUGUUUGCAUGUCGGCCGUCUUUCUCGUACAGGAGAUCGAAUACAUCGUGGAACGAGGUGUCUCGGAUAAUUUCAUGGGUUUGAUCCUUGUUCCUCUGGUCGAGAAGGCGGCGGAACACCUGACAGCUGUUGACGAGGCCUGGGAUAAUCAGAUCAACUUUGCGCUAUUCCACUGCUUGGGGCCAUCUAUCCAAACGGCGCUUCUCAACGCUCCGCUUGCUGUCCUCGUGGGAUGGGGAUUGGACAAGGAUAUGAGUCUGAAUUUCGAGAUUUUCAUGGUGGUCCUACUCGUCCUGUCAAUCCUGGUUGUUGGGAACUUCCUACGCGAUGGCAAGUCCAACUAUCUUGAAGGAUCGCUGUGCGUCCUCGUUUACUUCAUUAUCGCCGUUACGUCGUGGUACUAUCCCAAAGUCGAUGUAGCGUCAACCAACUCAGCUUGA